AUGUCCGGCUCCUCCAACGUGGCAGCCAUGAAGAAGGUCGUGCAGCAGCUGCGCCUUGAGGCCAGUGUGAGCCACGUGAAAGUUCCACAAGCUGCAGCUGACUUGAAGCCGUUUUGCCUGCAGAAUGCACAUUGUGACCCCCUACUAACAGGAGUUUCCUCAAGUACAAAUCCUUUUGGGCUGCAGAAAGUGUGUUCAUCUCUCUAACUUGUGUGACCUACGUGGACCCUUUUAGUGAUCUAAAAACCUUUCAGUCUGGUGAAUAUGGAAGCGAAAGAGA